AUGGACCCUCCCAACCUACUUUCUGUUUACAUCUCAGGGGUAUAUUCCUGUCUAAAGAGUCCAGAGAGAACACCAGCAAAUUCACUAGACUCCGCGAGGUCUGCAAUGGCUCCUAUUCACGAACGCAUCCGCCAGGAUCUCCUUAUUAAAGAGCGAAGUCUGUGGACCGCUCUCACCUCCGCCGACCCAGGCCCCGAGAUCGAGAAACUGUCCAACCCCGAAGCCAAUCUACUGUUCCCCAAAACACCCAUCUUGACGUUGGACGGUGAGCCUUCUCUACAACAAACACUAAAGCCACCGUUCCAUCAUUUCGAUGCGUUCGAAUUGAAGGAAGUCCGAGUCAUCAUCAUUGAUCUCAUGGCGGGAACCGUUACCUACAAUAUCAAUGCCUCGAGAGGAAAGGAGGAGUACAAGGCCACGGGAUCGACAACAUGGAGCCAAGCGUCGGAUGGCGAAUGGAGAAUUGUGGCGCAUACAGAGACAUUGCUGUGAAGUUGCUUUAGCGGGAGGCAUUUUGUUCACUGGUGUCAUUUCUUCUCUAUGUCUUUUAAUUUCUUGAUGAAGCCUGGCUUGUAUGAGUUUAUGAAUUUCGAAUAUACCAGAGGAUGAUGAAUAAUAAUUCUGUAUUCAUUCAGAACAUGAAUAUGUUAAUGU